AUGAGCGAACGACAAAAGCGAAGGAGGGAGGCCAAGGAGGCCGCUCCUGUAAGAAAAGUGGAGAGGACUGCAUGGAUGAAGCGCGAAGCAUUUCGCCAGAACUCCUCCCACCAAGGCUGCUUCGUAUCCAAACCAAGCCAAGAAUCAAGAAAGGGAGGCGUGCCAGAACAUGCAGCGGACCAAGUGGAUGCUAGCUGGUUGGCUGCAUUCAGGAACAGAUCGGGUCAUCAGGGCACCGGUCUGCUUGGCGGGCAGUUUGUGCGACGCUACGAUCGAGCCUCUGGCUUGAUGGUAUUCUCCGUGAUGCAUAUCUGGCAUUGA